UCUACAUUGCCUUCAAGAGGCGGGGAACGGGAAUGGGUUGGGAUAGCCAGAAGUUUACCUGGCUUAUGGACGAUAGCCAGUGAGCCGAGAUGGAGCAGGUCAACCCAAAGUUUGCAAAAUUUCAAAAUAACUGUACCAUCUAUCAUUUGCUUGAGGAGGUCUUUGUCAAUCAAGGCGCGACGAGAGAACGAGCCCAGUACUUCAGCCGAGGAGCAAGACAUGAAGACUGCUGCACGACUUGCACGGGGAAAGGGAAGGUCGGACUUUGCGGCUGAGGAUGCUGAAGUUGAGGUAGGAGGGGUCACCUCAGUGAAAGGGAAGAGGGGGAAAGGAAAGCGGAAGUCGGGUGAUUGCUCAAGCGGUAGUCCUAUGUCCACUGCCUCUGGAUCAGUGACUGACAGAUACCUCAGGGCUCUUGACACCAUUGAAUCGCUGGUUAGUCGAAAGAAGAGCUCCAGCAUGAGUGUCUCAGUUAGUUCUCCGAACAAGCAUCGUUCUAGCCGUGAUGUCUCGAAAAAAACCGACUAUGACGUUGCCAUGGAUGAACUUCAGGGAUUAGAGAACGUGCCCUACGUAGCCAAAUUUGCUGCUGCUGCUGAAAUACUGAAGGAUAAGCAAGAGCUGGCUGUUUGGAAUUUAGCUGGAUCUGACGCCGACUGCAUCACCUGGAUGAAGUUAAAAGGCUAUUUCCCGCCUGACCCUCAGGAGCCCUAUCCCCCACCCCUAUUUUAGUUGGUUGCCUUGUUCAUCGGGAGCACUUAUUUGGAGCUUGAGUUGUUGCCUUUGUUUGUUUAUACUUGAGACAAUUAGUUGUAGCAUUUGCUACCGGAACUUGGACUUUAAUUUUUCUUAGUGUUAUCAUUUGUUUAUUUAAAUUCCGGAUGCUAUGAGGCCAUGACUUUGU